CAGUAUGGUGCAUUUUUUUGAAGACGUUUUAUUUUGUUGGAAGAUUCAUGCUGCUCAAAGAAUUUGAGAAUUUUCAUUGGCUCAACUCUUCCGAAGCAAUUGUACAUCAUUCCAUUUGAACUGCAACCAUAAGGGCGGAACAGUUCCGUAGAAGUUGAGUUUCCUUGACCUACAAAGACAGUUGGUCUCUGAUGCACUGAACAACUUCGCUGCAAAUCGCUGUAACUUUUUAGGAAAAGAGAACUAGCUGUUUCAAGCUGCUUACCUACCAUAAGGACCAGUAAUAUAAAUGCAACAAUAGUUACUAGCCUGAUGACUUUCUUAAAGGCUUAAAUGUAAUUUUUUAUCAACAUCUUACUCUGAGACUUACAAAUCCAUUCACCAUGAAUGAAAUCGAGUGUGUCGGUCAAGUUUUGGAAAUCGGCCAGCUGGACUUUGAAGAAUCUACAGUUAUCUGUGAAAUCUGCGAUAAACAUUGCAUUAGCCACAUUCAUCUCUUGGAACAUCAGAAAACUCAUAUUGUGCAUGUCCCUAAGCGGAAGACUUAUGUUUGCGAUAUUUGUGGUUUUAUUUGCAAUCGUAGAGGGCAUCUGUCAAAACAUAAACGGCUUCAUGACAAAAGCCAACCCUAUGCGUGUACCAUGUGCGACAAAGUUUGUCUGAGCAAGCAUCACCUGAAGGCACAUCAACAGUGCCAUGUCACACCGAAAGUGAAGCCGUUUAUUUGUAAUAUCUGUAACUACGCCUGCACCCGAAGAGCCCAUCUUGAACGCCAUCAGAGACGUCACACUAAGGAGAAACCGUUCACCUGCGAGUGCGGGAAAGCCUUCUCUUGUAAAGGCAAUUUCGUCAAACACCAACGCAGUCAUUCGGAAGAAAAACCAUUCAUUUGUGAAAUAUGCGGCAAAGGUUUUAGUCUCAGCAACUACCUAAUGGUGCACAAAAAUUUCCAUCACACGGACCAAGGCGGAUUUUCAUCCGGGAUCGAGGAUAACUUCUUCGUCAAAGCUGAAGAUGUCAAACCACAGGAGACUGUUGUUCAAACCCAUGAAUACCCGUUUGUGUGCACCAUCUGCGGAGUCUCAUUCCUUCACAAAUAUUCUCUGAUAACUCAUCACAAAGUUCAUACUGAAAAGGAACAAUUUGUUUGUAACAUUUGCCAGAAAGAAUGCCUGAACCAGAUCCAUCUCGCUGCGCAUCAAAAGACUCACAACUACCCAUUCAUUUGUACCAUCUGUGGAUUCGCCUGUAAAAGAAUCGGACAUCUCACACGACAUCAGCGCACCCACACAAAAGAGAAACCGUUCACCUGUAAAUUCUGCGCUAAAACAUUUGCAUGUAAAGGCAACCUGGUCAAGCACCAAUCUCGAGUUCAUCCAGCGGAAACCCAGGCAGAACUCAACCUUCAAAAUUCGCAUUCCCAUAGAGGGAGUCCACAAAAGCGCCGCCACAUUGAAAAAGCGUCAUUCGUUUGUGACGCGUGUGGGAGGAGCUUCUACCGCCAACACUAUCUAGACUGCCACAAAAAGAUUCAUGCUGAUGAGGUCGGGUUUGAGGGUUUGGAGGAGCAAGGCCAGGAAGAAAUCGACGGUCCCAAGACGCCUACGAAGGACAAGCCCCACGUGUGUGACGUUUGCGGAUACUCUUGUGGUCUACGAGGCACGAUGAAGAGGCAUCAGAGGAUCCACACCAACGAGAGACCGUUUUCUUGUGAGACGUGCGGUAAAGCUUUCUCCAUAAGAUGGAACCUCAAGAUUCACAAAGAGCGAGUACAUGUGGGUGGCAGAGGCGUCCCUUACCAGAAGGAAACUGCUGUGCCCGUUCAAUCGGAGAGCGAAGUUCACAGCCUGGUAGAGUUUGUUGCAAGUCUGGCGUCCAAUCCGAUCUUCAUGUAGCUUUGUCCUGCAAGUGAGCUCAACAAAUGAGCACUCGUCCACAUUCUGCCAGCCUUGGCUGAUCCUCCAGCAUGUAAAAGGUGACAGUUUGAUAUUUGUGUCGCAUUGGAUGGAUUAGGGAGGGACAGCAAGAAGGUAUGUUGUUAAAAAGCACAUUUACACCAUGAAGAACAGUUGGUUGGCAUGGUCACCCAUGAAUUGCUAAUUCUGCCGAGCUCCCAGGCAUAAUGAUAUCUUUGGAGAAGAGUCCGUCACUAGAGUAGAGUCUGAUGCCCUUCUUUAUCCCAACUUGACCUUGAUAUCAUCCACCGAGACCGACGCUGGUCUAAGGCAGUGCCUGAAACAUCGACUGCAGCUACAGCUAUGGCUAGAUUGCGCGCAUUUGCCUAUUCUACAACACUGGCAGACGUGCUGAUUUAUUCAUAGCUGUAGCCGAAGUCGCUGAUUCAGACACAGCCUCACACUAUGCUUGAUAGAGACAGUUAGGCACAAGUCAUCAGGGUAGUGUAUGAACACAAGAAUAAAGAGCUACAUGUAAGCAAGGUAACACUGGCGUUAGUUUUAUAGUAUACCGAGUGUUCAUACCGAGGAAUUACCUGGGUUUUUCCCUGGCAAUUGGAUUGGUAAGGUGAAGAAGAUUGUUAUAUGGAGUCCUUUGUUUACGUCCUUCUGCAAGGCAGUUGGCAACGACAUGCUGUAAAUACAAGUGCAUUUCAUCUUUUUUUUUGUUAUAAGUUUUUAGUGAGUGUGCUGUGUUGAGUAUUAAUGAAACAAUUUGUUUGUAGGCCUACUUAACCAUCAUUCUUGUGUAAUUUUCUUAAAGUGUUCUUAAAACUGUACAUUUUUACACUAUCCUUUACAUUACAUAAUCUUAUUGAAGCUUCGUAGGGCAGUAUGAUAAAAACAAAUAGCAGUUUUAUGUGUAAACUACGUACAGUUACAUACUGUACAUUUAUAUGUAUGUACAUGUACUAUUCAUUAUUCCACAAGCUUGAGUGGAAAACUCACUUUUCAUUAUUCCACAAGCUUGAGUGGAAAACUCGUUGUCAUAAACCAUGCCAGUCUACAAUCAGAGGGAUGUAUGGUACUACCUAUAGUCUAUACAUUUUAAGGGGAAACUUUUUUGAGAAUGUUCGAUCAUAUAAUUUGUUGUUUGAUAGCUCAACUGUAAUUGUUGUUUAGUGAUGCAUUUGUGGUACUUUACAUGUACAUGUACUGCAUGUACCUUUCUAUAUUUAGUAUGCGGUGUACAAACCUUUGCUGAAUAGACUUGAAAAAUCAAAUUGGUAAUGUAUGCCUUUAAACUCCCCUGUUGACUUCAUCACAACUAUAAAUCUUGGAGCAAGGUCGAACAAGGACCAAUAAUUAACUAGUGACAUAUGUACAUUGGGCUUGUUCUGUGCCCAAUUUCAUAGAGCUGCUAAGCACAAAAAUUUGCUUAGCAUGAAAUUU